GCCACAGCUCUCGGCAGAGACGCCCGUGAUUUUGCACCCCCGCUCGAGCAGAAUUUACCGGACUAUACGACGAGGGUGCACCACGGUUUAUCUUUUCUCUCCUCUCUCUCUCUCUCUCUUUCUCUCUUUCUCUCUCUCUCUCUUUUUUCUUUCUCUUUCUUCCCUUUUUCCUCUUUGUCUCUUACUUUCCGUCUGUUUUUUCAAUCCCGCGGUCAUACUCGCUCCUUCUUUUUUCUCUCGGAGAGACGUCUUCUCUCCCUCGUCGCGGAGGAAACUGUCUUUCCUCCUCGGAACUUUUCUCCGCUCGCGUAUUCGUACCCCUUGCACGGCCGUGCCGUUCGCGUUUCGCGACUCGCAGUUGUGACUCGCCGGCUGAUAACGUGGUGCAACGAGUGAGUGCUGACUGGGGAUACACGAGCUAAUCGCCCGGUCUCCCACUACCGAUCCCGAUACGGCCUCGAUACGGUGGUGAUGAUAGUGACCCGUUGACGCGAGGUGAACCACGCGCUGACAGCCGCGCUUCGAUCUCGUGAAACCCCCCAUCUCGGCUCAAUCGCAUCGUCCCGAUCUCGCCGACAGUCCGUCUUCGGGGUCCACCGCGCUCGUUUCACGUGAUCCCGCUGGAGCGCGAGCUAUAAACGUUGAGAGGGUCAGGGUGAUCGACCGAGGGAAACGACACCGUAUCGCGUCCGAUAUUGCACACGCGUCGCGUUUGUCCAAGUCGCAUUCUCGAAGAGCGAAAGAGAGUUUCGUGAAUCGCACGAGGAGGGACAAAAAUUUUGUCACACAUCGAUCGGACCAUCGAUCGUUUCCCGAGAAGUUCGAAUCGGGAACGUUUCUUCCGCGCGACAACACACGCCGCAACAUGUACCGUUCGACGAUUCGCGCGACAGUUUACGCACCUCGGUGACGUGGUUGAUGAUCGAUGACGGCGAGAGUAGUCGCGCGGAAUCACGUGGUCGACUUGGACUCGCCGCGGCGCGCAUAUAUUUAUAAUGAAAUUUGCAGCCAAACGCUGGGACGUGCAGCAGCGUGCUUAUAGCUGGUGGUGGUGGUGGUGCCAUGACACUCGUCGGUCUCGCCGACAUUCGGAAUGAGCUAUGCGCGGCCACGGACUCCUUGACCUCUUAAAGUCGCGACGCGAUACGUGGAGCGCACUCCGCGUGCGAAGUACGUGCGGUAAACCCGCUCUUAACAAUACAGCAAGGCUAAACCUCGCGCGCGUCGCGAAAGGGGCGAAAGUCGCGAGCGGGCGGGUAUAGCACCCGGUGGGGUGGCGAUCGAACUUUCUGAAAUUUCAAGAAGUUCAUCGCCGACUUGGCGAGCACGUCAAAUCGGCUUACGCGCGCUUUACACGCAUCUCGCGCAUACACACAUACACACACAAACAAACAAACAAACAAAAACACACACACACACACACACAGUUGCGAGCAAAAUGCCGCAAUCCGUCAGACGCAACGAUCUUCCACAACAACAACAAGUGCGAUCAGAAACUUUCGAGUGCGCGUAACUUGACGGACAAAAAUCGAAAAAUCACUCAUCCUCGUCGUCAUCCAUCGUGCGUGGUUUCCGGAUACGCUUAUCAUUAACCGUCGCGAGUUGAGUAAUACGACGCGACUACAGGGGAUUAUCAAUUUUGUUUCUCACAGUUCACUCCCAACAGCUCAAUCUCAAGUACUGAGAGAGUAAAACGUAGUGUAAUUUAAGCAACGUGGUGCGCAUCGCUCGACGUGUCUUUUAUACAGUGAACUUCCGGUUCGUUAGCCGCAACAUUUCUUUCUUCUGAAACGAAGCGCAACUCCCGCUGUAUUUAAAAAAAAAAAAAAGAAAGAUAUUUUCAAAUGUUUUCGUCAAGUGACGCGGAAAUGUGAUCCGAGUGCGCGCGACGUGAUUCUAAAAAAAAAAAAAAGAAAAAAACAAGAGAUGUUUCAAGUCUUCGUUGAUGCCGCGGUAAACACUGAACCGAUCGACGCGUCGCAUAAAUCAAUGAGAUAGAGGAAGACGAAUCGCGCCCUUUCGAAGAUUAACUCGACUGUUCAGGAUCCCGGUCGGCUGGUGGAUAACAGCGUGACGCGUAUCGAUCGGCUCCGGCAAUCGAAGCGAUCUAAGCGAUAACAUGAGGUCGGCGAAAGUAGUAGAAAAUCGAAAGAGAUGAUCGAGCACAGGUCCCAAUGACAUCUCGGCGGGGCGGGAGCGAGGGAUACAAAAGUCCUCCCAGCUCUCCGAGCAGCGGUUCGGAGGACAAUGGUUUCACGAACCGGCCCCGAGUGGCCGGGCUCUACGUGAAGAAUCUGAGCCGAGAGGAGUUGGAUGAGUUGGCCAAGGAGGGUAUUUACGGGCCCACGGGCAACCCGAACGACCGGCCCAGAGACGGCGGCAGCCAGAGGAGUCUGAACCUGCCGGGUAGCAGUCGGGACUUCGACGGUCAGGAUCGUCACUACAGGGGAGCGACUUCCAGGACACCUCAGCCGCCGAGAAGAUCCGCCGUCGGCGCCAGACACCGGGAACACGGCGGACCGCCGGAGAACCUAGCGCGAAGGGAUUAUCAUGGCUCGCUUCCGAUUGAGAGAGGCUGGCCGAGGCGACUGGAGGAUCGUCCUGGACAGGCCUCGCCGGAGAGACUUCUCCGGGGAUCCUCCGAGUUUCCCGUCGGCUGGAGGGAGCCGUUUCCAAGGCUCAGCCCUGGUGUGUCACCCAGAGGAAGUUCCAUCGACGUGCGAAUCAUCAGCGAUGACGGCAGGGUAGCGGCUGGACCGCGUCGUUUCGUCGGGGAUGGGCCGAGAGGACGUGCCGAAGGACCUCGCGUGUCCGGUUUAGCGGGACCUGGCGGCGAUCGGGAAACGCCGGAACCGGCCAGGCGAUCGCCGCCGCCGUACGCGGGUCUGAGUCCGCCCGAAUACGAGGAACCGCAACCGAGAAUCUAUCCCAAGGUCGCGUCGAGAACUUAUCAGACGGACAAAGAACGUCCGAGGGCGCCGGAAGAAGAUGAUUCCGCGAUUUUCAAGCCAACGGCCUCACGCGACAUCGACAAAACGACGGAACGAGCUCCGAGUCCGUCGAGAACACCGGUGUCGGAAAAACUGACGUCCCCGGAUUCGAAGAGGAGCGAGUCCCCGCCGACGAAGAGAACCGGAUCCAGGAUGCAGGACAGCACGAGGCUGCGACCGCCGUUGGCCGGAACCGCCGGGAUCUCCGCCGAUUCCGGCACCGGAGACUCCGGAAGUGCGGAGAUCCAGGCGGACGUCGUGACCCCGUCGCAGCCCGCGUCGGGCGACAUUCUGGACAUCACCGUGACCAAGACCGAGGACAAGUCGCCCGGUUCGAGAACGCCCGGCAGCAAGAGCGGCAAGCAGACGGUGAAGCCGUUCACGAAGGAGAGCCUCGACAGAUUGGAGAACAAGACUGUGCAGUUAGUGCGCGACUAUGGCUUUCAACCGAAGAGAAAAAUGUCGGUGGAGGAUGGUGCGGUACUGCCAAACAAAUUCGAACCGUUCCCGACCGAUCUGUACGGCAGACCGCUCGAGGAGAUCGACAACUUCAUCUACGACGAGACGUUCUGCGUGGUGUCCAAGAGGUUCCGGAAGAACUACAUCCAUAGGUUUACGGCGACCAAUAGUUGGUUCAUAUUCUCCCCGUGGAAUCCGAUACGGCGGUGGUGCAUCUUCCUGAGUACGAAUCAGUACUUCGAUUACGUGGUCAUGACUACAAUACUUACUAACUGCGUCUUCCUGGCCAUGACCGAAACCUUCGAGGAAGCCGAAUAUUUCUUCCUAGCCGUGUACACGGCUGAAAUGGUGAUAAAAUCAAUAGCGAAGGGAUUUAUAUUGAACAAGUACACUUAUCUGCGGAAUCCCUGGAACUGGCUGGACUUCGUGGUGAUUAGCAGCGGAUACGCCACUAUCGGGAUGGAGGUCGGGAAUCUGGCCGGUCUCAGGACGUUCAGGGUGUUGAGAGCACUUAAGACUGUAUCCAUUAUGCCAGGUCUAAAGACUAUCAUCAACGCACUGCUGCACAGCUUCAAGCAACUCGCCGAAGUAAUGACGCUGACAAUUUUCUGUCUGAUGGUCUUUGCACUGUUCGCUCUGCAGGUUUACAUGGGCGAGCUUAGAAAUAAGUGCGUGAAGCAUCAAGAACCGAACGCCACGCAAAUCGAUUGGAUCGAGUGGACUUGGAACUCAUCCAAUUGGGCGUUCAACGAGUACGAAGAGCCAAUCAUCUGCGGCAAUGUAACCGGCGCCAGGCACUGCAACGAGAGCUACACUUGUCUCUGCGUUGGCCCUAAUCCAAACUACGGUUACACCAACUUCGAUAAUUUCCUGUGGUCAAUGCUCACCACCUUUCAACUGAUUACUCUGGAUUACUGGGAGGACGUUUACAAUAAGGUGUUAUCGGCAUGCGGGCCCGUCGCCGUUUUGUUCUUCACGGUGGUCGUGUUCUUCGGCUCGUUCUAUCUGCUGAACUUGAUGCUGGCCGUCGUUGCGUUGAGUUACGAAGAGGAAGCCGAGAUCACAAACGAGGAACGCAGAAAAGACCUGACGGAUCACCGUGAGGACUCGACGUUCAGCUUCGAUCCGUCGAAGAUCAACAUCAAGACAUUGACGAAAGAUAAGCAGAAGCGAAUAGACGCCCGUAAAGGUGUUCUGCUGAGCAGUUACACGAGGAAAAAGACGCGCAGAAGAAAACGGGGUCGAAGCAGCGCCGGUCAGGAGAGAAACGGUGGUGCACGCAGCAGAUCCGUGACUCCCAGCCCGAGUCCGAGUCCCCGGCACUCGAACGUGCGACCGUCCCACCUGCCGCUUCAGAACGUCAGUCCCAGAGCGCCGGAUCCCAACACGGUUCACCGGCUUGCGCCGAAUCGGGGGAUGCUGCACUCGAGACAGGCCAGCAACAACAGCAACCAGCAGUCGUCGCUGGACGAUUCCGGGGUGGUCGACGAUCACGACGGCGACGACGUCACGUCCGCCGAGGAGCAGCACGACAAACGGGAGUCGCAUCGGGAACACCGGGCUGAGAGGUCUCACGAGAGAUCACCGCGGGAUCACGGCAGGAUCCCGCAGCAGUCCGCGAUUCCCCAACCGCCGCCGCGCAACCCGGAGUGCCCGCCCGCGCCGGUCACGGUCUCGGUGAGGACCGGCAACCGAGAGAUCCGGGUGCUCAAGUGCAACGGGGUCAAAACGAAGAAACAUAUGUACGCGCUGCCGCCAGAGUACCUGUCGCACAUUGUAGUUUUAGAUGAUCUUCCAGAUAGAAACUGCGAUAAGUGUAUUCAAUGCUGCGUGGAUUACGAAGGAUGGCUACGAUUUCAGAACUGUCUGUACAAGGUGGUGAGAGAUCCUCUGUUUGAGCUGAUGAUCACCCUCUGUAUCGUCCUGAAUACCGGAUUUCUGGCGAUGGAGCAUCACGGUAUGAGCGAAUCGAUACGACAGGCGCUCAACAUCGGCAACAAAGUGUUCACCAGCAUCUUCACGUUCGAAUGCUUCCUGAAGCUCCUCGCGCUCAGCAAGGACUUCUUCAACAACGGCUGGAACAAUUUCGAUUUGAUUAUUGUUUCCGCAUCGCUCAUCGAUCUCACGUUCGAGCUGGUGGACGGCCUGUCGGUGAUACGUGGCUUACGUUUGCUGCGCGUUCUCAAACUCGCUCAGUCCUGGACGACCAUGAAGGUGCUCCUCAGCAUCAUUAUCUCAACAAUCGGCGCGCUCGGUAAUCUGACCUUCGUGCUGGUGAUCGUGAUCUACAUAUUCGCGGUUAUCGGCAUGCAGCUGUUCAGCAAGGACUACACACCGGACAAAUUCUAUCCGGAUCCGGUUCCGCGCUGGAACUUCAACGAUUUCUUCCAUUCGUUCAUGAUGAUAUUCCGCAUUCUGUGCGGCGAGUGGAUCGAGCCUUUGUGGGACUGCAUGCGCGCCGAGAGGGACGACGGACCGGGUACGUGCUUCGCGAUCUUCCUGCCGGCUCUGGUAAUGGGCAAUUUCAUGGUCCUCAACCUCUUCUUGGCGUUGUUGCUCAAUAGCUUCAACUCCGAGGAGCUGAAGCAGAAGAAGGAGGAGGUUGGCGAGGAGUCGAAGCUCGCGCGAUCCUUCGAUCGCAUCAGGUCGAUCGUGCGCAAGCAGAAACAUCGAAAGGAGAACUCGGAGAACGAGAAGAACAUCCGACUGGAACAGAUCGUGCGCGAGGUGAUGGACAAGUCCGACAAGGAGAAGUACGCGAUCCAGGAGACCGUGCUGAGCCUUCCCAAAGACAAUAUUUACAAUAGAUCGUAUCAGGAGAGUCUCAAUCAGCCGGUCUUCACGUACGACCCGGUCUAUCGUCAAGCCACUCUCACCACCUAUAGUCAGAGCAGUCAGGAGAAGGAGAGCAAGAAGGUGCCCGAGAAGGACAACAGCAACGAGACCCACGUCGAGGAGAGUAUAGAGCUGGAAGUGCUGAAGGACACCAGCAAGCGGGACGAGGAGGUGGCCAUGCUGCCGGAGGAAAAGCAACAACCACCCGUAAAGAUCGAGGAGACCAAGGGGAAACGUCCGUGGCACGCUCUCGUGAGUUACGUGGACGAGCUCACGGUCGGCGGUAGAAGAGACAGCAAGGGAAGGUACAUCGACGGGAUGGGCUCGUUUCCGGGGUUCGGCAGGAACAAAGAGCGCAAGGAGCCGCUCGACUGCUUCCCCCAGCACUGCUACCAAAAGUGUAGCUGUAUAAAUCGUUGCCUCGCCACGAACCUCGGCAAGAAAUGGAUCAAGGUCCGAACGGGCGUGCUCUCGGUGGUGGACACGCCCGCGUUCGAAUGGAUGAUCCUAGUCUUAAUUUUCGCAUCUUCCAUAACACUGUGCUUCGAGGACAUCUACCUAGACGACAAUCCUUUUUUGAAGAACAUUCUCUAUUGGACCAAUCUUGGCUUCUGCACGCUUUUCAGCGUCGAGAUGCUUCUGAAAUGGCUAGCCCUAGGCUUCUGUAAAUACUUCACCAGUUUCUGGACAAUCCUGGAUUUUAUAAUCGUUUUCGUAUCCAUGUUUAGCCUUUUGAUAGAAGAAAAUGAAAAUCUCAAAGUAUUGCGAUCACUAAGAACGCUACGCGCCCUAAGACCGCUGAGAGCGAUCUCAAGAUGGCAAGGCAUGAGGAUCGUAGUGAACGCGUUGAUGUAUGCGAUACCUAGUAUAUUCAACGUGCUCCUCGUCUGUCUCGUGUUCUGGCUUAUUUUUUCGAUAAUGGGCGUUCAGUUCUUCGGCGGCAAAUUCUUCAAGUGCGUAGACGAAAACGGGAACAGGCUGGAUAUUUUGGAAGUCAGCACGAUGGAAGAGUGUUACAGCAAAAACUACACCUGGGAGAACAGCAAGAUCACGUUUGAUCACGUCGGCAUCGCUUACCUGGCCCUGUUUCAAGUGGCGACUUUCGAGGGAUGGAUGGAGGUGAUGGAGGACGCCGUGGACGCGAGGGGAGUGGAUUUGCAACCGCAGAGGGAGGCGAAUCUGUACGCUUAUCUCUACUUCGUCAUAUUCAUCGUAUGCGGCUCAUUCUUCACGCUCAAUCUCUUCAUUGGAGUCAUCAUAGACAAUUUCAACAUGUUGAAGAAGAAGUACGAAGGUGGGGUGUUAGAAAUGUUUUUGACCGAGAGUCAAAAACACUACUACACUGCCAUGAAAAAGCUUGGCCGUAAAAAGCCGCAAAAAGUUAUAAAACGUCCGAUGAACCAAUUCCUCGCAAUGUUCUACGACCUGUCCAAUUCUCGCAGAUUCGAAAUAGCUAUCUUCGUUUUGAUAUUCCUCAACAUGCUAACGAUGGGGAUCGAGCACUACAAUCAGCCCCAUCCCAUCUUCUUCGUCCUUGAGGUGUCAAACGCGUUCUUCACGACCGUGUUCGGUCUUGAAGCGAUCGUGAAGAUCAUAGGUCUGCGAUAUCACUACUUCACGGUCCCGUGGAAUCUGUUCGACUUUUUGCUGGUGUUGGCGUCCAUUCUGGGUAUACUGAUGGAGGACAUCAUGAUGGACUUCCCUGUGUCCCCGACGCUCUUGCGAGUCGUAAGGGUGUUCAGAAUUGGUAGAAUCUUGAGGCUCAUCAAGGCCGCGAAAGGUAUCCGCAAGCUGCUCUUCGCGCUUAUCGUCAGUCUUCCAGCGCUCUUCAACAUCGGGGCCCUUCUGGCCCUGAUCACAUUUAUCUACGCGAUCAUCGGCAUGUCCGUUUUCGGACACGUCAGGAAGCAGGGCGCAUUGGACGAUAUGGUGAACUUCGAAACGUUCGGUAGAAGUAUGCAGCUGCUGUUCCGUUUGAUGACAUCGGCCGGAUGGAACGAUGUGUUGGAAUCGCUGAUGGUGCAACCGCCCGAAUGCGAUCCCACCCCGAACGUUCGACAGAUGAACGGAGAUUGCGGAUAUCCUCUGCUGGCGAUCACGUACUUCACGUCGUUCAUUAUCAUCAGCUACAUGAUAGUCAUCAAUAUGUACAUCGCCAUCAUUCUGGAGAACUUCAAUCAAGCACAUCAGGAAGAAGAGAUCGGAAUCGUCGAGGAUGACCUGGAGAUGUUCUACAUUCGAUGGUCGAAGUACGAUCCGCAUGCGACUCAAUUCAUCAGUUUCUCACAGUUGAGCGACUUCAUAGCGAGCCUAGACCCGCCGCUGGGGAUAUCAAAGCCCAACGUCGUGGCGUUGGUCAGCUUUAAUCUUCCCAUCGCAAAGGGUAACAAGAUUCAUUGUCUGGACAUCCUGCACGCGCUCGUCAAGCACGUUCUUGGACACGUAGAAGAAUCGGAUGACUUCAGAAAACUUCAGGACCAGAUGGACGGCAAAUUUAAGAAGCAGUUCCCGACCAGGAAGGAAUUGGAGAUAGUGUCUUCCACGAGAAUCUGGAAGCGGCAAGAUAAAGCUGCCAAAUUGAUUCAACAAUCUAUAAGGGAAUACAUUGCGAGGAAAAGGGAGCGUGAAAGAAUCGCCCAGGAAGUUGACUCGCAGACGCAGACCUCGAGCCCGGGCGUGGAUGGUAAGGGCGGAGGCGGAUGGAGCGGUAAGCUGUCGGCUUUGCUGCAUGUGCACCGGGGUAGCCGGGCGAGUAGCCGCAAGUCCUCCAGGGCCAGCGACGCCAGCGACCUCAGCGAAAUCGGCACCGCUUCGGCGUGGCUGUUUCCUAAUCUUCCUCUGCUGUUGCUCUCCGGCGCCACAGGAACCCACGAGGACCUGCAAGCCCCGACGCUAACCGUAUCCCGUCCUUCACCAACCGCCGAACAACCUUCCGCAGCUUCGAGCUCAGGCUCCGAUUCUCACGGCACCGUCAGAUCGCUGAGUGCUACUCUGGGCCGGCAGGACGCAGUGGAAAAAUAUCCGGAGGACGAUACGGUGAGCCCGCCGAUCUCGAAGCGUGGCUCGCUUCGACCGAGCGGUACCACGCUUUCUCUGAACACGCUGCAGCGCGACAUCAAGGAGGCGUUCAAUCGGCGCUGCGGCAGUCUGAGACGGCGGGCGCCGCCACCGGAACCGGUGCAGCUGCCGGUCGAGGGUAGCGACGUGAGUAUCCUGGUUACGGAGCCGAGUCCGGAGAACACCGCGCCGCCCGCGAGGCCGCCGUUGCUCAGGCAGCAAUCGGAGGCGACGGUGGUGCACGUGCUCGUACAUCGGGAGAGCGAGGAGUACCAGGACAUGCCGGACGACAGCUGAUCCUAAAUUCAACAAUGUCCGGCGGUCGAAGGCGGCCUCCGACGACAAAUAACGACGACGACAACACAUGACUCUCAGUGAUAUAAUAUUAUAAUAACGUAGACGUAACAUAUUAUUAGACUUUUCACACGUAAAGCGCAGAUUCUAGCUAGGUAGAACAAUAAUCCGCAUAUGGCUUCUUCGAGGCGAACCUCCUCGAGACAGGGUGCGACUGAUAUGCGCGGUGUGUUGCGUGAGUGUGUGCGUGUGUGUCGUCGAAGUGUCGAAUGAGAUUUCUUUGUUUUUUUUUUUUUUUUUGAUUUUUUUUUACGUGGCGAUGGUUCUCGGCCGCGAACAAGGAAGGACGCUUUGCAAGAUUCCUCGCUGAGAGUUGAUGAAUUUCUCGAACGAACUUUCCCUUCCUUGGAAACGCGUUUUGUCGAGUCCAUCUGUGAUGUUCUCGGUUACGAAAUUGUGAUCUCGAAAUUGUGACCGACCGUGAUUAAUCGAGAAAAUGCUUCCCGACGACCGUUGAUAGAUGCGCGCAAGUGAUUGUUGAUAAAAACGUCGAACAACAAGACGCUUUUGUAACGAUUUCUGAUUCUUUCUUGGAGGUUGAGAGCCAUUGCACCGAGAGCGAGAGAGAGAGAGAGAGAAAGAGACGAGAAAAAGGGACAAGGACGAGAUCGAGAAUAUUUUGACGGCUUUUCUAUUGCAAAACAAAAUCAGAAGGCGCCUCGCGCGCCAAAAGAAAAUGAUAAAAACAAAAAAAAAAAUGUUCGAGUAUGAAAAAUCUUUUGACAACAUUGAAAUUUCAAAUUGGUUAUCAUAUAAAACCGACGCGAUUUUAAAGACGCAGAUCUACGUAGCGCGGACGAGAAAGAAAUUCUUUCACAUUUCGAAGUGCAUUCGAUAACGCAAUUAUCGAAAAGUUGCAAAAUUUGUUCGUUUGUUAGAGAGAGUCUCGAUUUCACUCGCUUGCUUCGAGAUGUAGUAGCGUUUCAGCGUUUAAUUCCGUGAGAUUUUCAUCUUUCUUAACGUAAAANAAAANNAAAAAAAAAAAAAAAAAAAGAGAGAAAAACAUCGAGGGAUAAAAGAGAAACAGGAGCGACAUUUGCAUUCGCGCUUUAUAGAGGAGACGGGCUUCUUCUCGGCGAAACAAAUCGUGAGAAAGAAACAAACAAACAAACAAAUUGGAAUCACACCUUUUUAUCGAUUGUACAUUUAUAUACACAUCGCGAUCCUUGUCUCUUACGUCGUGGGGAGGGGGGCUGGUCGGACCAAAUCUGGGCACACAUUCGACUCCGUUGAGAACGGUCUUCUCCACAGAAACAAUUAAGAAAAAACAAAACAAAACAAAACAAAAAAAAAAAUACAGAAAACCUAGAUCGUUAGCUCGUAGAUGAACGCAGACCGCCCGGAGUUUGCUACGAAGAACGAAUUUUAGCGGUAUAAAAAAAAAAAAAAAAGAGUACUGCCUCAAAUCUUAGGAAUAAAUUACUUUCGCGUCACUCUAACGCGGCGAGAAAAGUGAAAAAAUACAACCAAACGAAUAAAAAGAAACACACACACACACACAGGCGGA